GGGCCGGGCGGCGGCGGCGCCAGGUUCUUGAGGGGGGACAGUGACGCUCGUGGAUGCCGCUGCCCCUGCCCACCGCUGCCCGUGCACCCCGAGUCUGGCCGAGCGGCAGAGGCCCCCUGCCGCCCCCCUCCUGGCGUGGAGGGCGCCUCCCCUGUGCACCGGCCCCACAUGGCUCUUAGCCACAGGCUGCGGGGUUCUGGAGGCCUUGGCGACACCCCGCAACGCUGCUCCUCAAGCGCGUGAGGAGUGUGGCCCGUGUCCAGCCCGGCCCACGCCCUGGGCUCUUCUCAGCCGCACGGCAGGCGCCACCUGACUCGCGAGACAGCACGCGCGCGUGAAGGCGAAAAGGAAGGAGGUGGGCAGGGGACACAGCCCCCCCGGCCCCAGGAGGGCCCUCCGUCAGGCUGUGGGGCCGCCGCUGACCUCCAAGGCCGCCAUGUCCACGCAGCGACUGCGCAGCGAGGGCUACCACGACUACAGCUCCACCGAGGUCAGCCCCGAGGAUAGCCCGUCCGAGGGCCUGAGCAGCGUGUCCUCCCCCGGCUCCUACCAGCGCCUCGGGGAGCGGAACACCACCACAUGGUUCCAGACCCUGAUCCACCUGCUGAAAGGCAACAUUGGCACCGGCCUCCUGGGGCUGCCCAUGGCGGUGAAGAACGCGGGCAUCCUGAUGGGUCCCCUCAGCCUACUGGUCAUCGGCAUCGUGGCGGUGCACUGCAUGGGCCUCCUGGUCAAGUGUGCCCACCACUUGUGCCACAGGCUGAACAAGCCCUUCCUGGACUACGGGGACACGGUGAAGCAUGGCCUGGAGGCCACUCCCAGCGCCUGGCUGCGCAGCCACGCGCACUGGGGAAGGCGUGGCGUGGACUUCUUUCUGGUCGUCACGCAGCUGGGCUUCUGCUGCGUCUACUUCGUCUUCCUGGCUGACAACCUGAAGCAGGUGGUCGAGUCGGCCAACGGCACCACCAGCAACUGCCAGGCCAACGCCACGGUGGUCCUCACCCCCACCAUGGACUCGCGGCUCUACAUGCUGGCCUUCCUGCCCUUCCUGAUACUGCUCGUCUUCAUCCGAAACCUGCGCGUACUGUCUGUCUUCUCCUUGCUGGCCAACGCCAGCAUGCUGGUCAGCCUGGUGGGCAUCUACCAGUUCAUCGUGCAGCGGCUCCCAGACCCCAGCAACCUGCCCCUGGUAGCCUCCUGGAAGACCUACCCCCUGUUCUUCGGCACGGCUAUCUUUGCCUUCGAAGGCAUCGGCGUGGUCCUGCCCCUUGAGAACAAGAUGAAGGACCCCACGAAGUUCCCCCUGCUGCUCUACGUGGGCAUGGCCAUCGUCACGUCGCUGUACAUCAGCCUGGGCUCCCUGGGCUACCUGCAGUUCGGCGCCGCGGUCCAGGGCAGCAUCACCCUCAACCUGCCCAACUGCUGGCUGUACCAGGCGGUGAAGCUGCUCUACUCGGCCGGCAUCUUCUUCACCUACGCGCUGCAGUUCUACGUGCCGGCGCAGCUGCUCGUGCCGGCCUUCACGGCGCGCGCGCCCGGGCGCUGCGAGCUGGCGGUGGACCUGCUGGUGCGCGCCGCGCUGGUCUGCCUCACGUGCGUCCUGGCCGUGCUCAUCCCCCGCCUGGACCUGGUCAUCUCCCUGGUGGGCUCCGUGAGCAGCAGCGCCCUGGCCCUCAUCAUCCCGCCCCUGCUGGAGAUCGCCACCUACUACUCCGAGGGCCUGAGCCCGCUGGUCAUCGCCAAGGACGCCCUGAUCAGCGUGCUGGGCUUCCUGGGCUUUGUGGGGGGCACUUAUCAGGCCUUGUACGAGCUGGCCGUGCCGGCCAGCACCCCCGCCCAUGUCAGCCCCACCAGUGCCUUCGCGUAGAGGCCAGGCGCCGUCCUCACAUUCCCACAUUGCCGCAGAGCCCCGCAGGUUCUGGCUCUGGGACAGGCAGGGCUGCUGCCGGCGGCCAGGAGAGGCAGACCAGCCUGUGCUCCGACCCUGAGCCACCCCAGAACUUGCAGCUCUGCCCCCUGGACCGCCAGCCUCCUGCUGCGCAGCUCAGGUCCGCAUUUCAGCUCCCUCUUCUCAUUCCAGCUGGGCCUGGAUUAAAUCAGUGGGAGCCCCCCUCCCCCCCAGGAGCCCGGCCUCUUUCUCCUCCCCGUACCUGUCGACCCUGUCUCCCUUGCUCAGUGGAACCUCCAGGGGCCCCUGGACCUGUGUGUUGGUGGUCAGCCGGCCCCAGCUGAUCUCAGCCCUGGCCUGGGUACCCCCACCUCCGGGCCAGGCCACCUGUUAGUGGCCGUGGCUUCUGAACCACAUCAGUGCUGCCACGUUAAAAUAUUUAAAUGUAUUUAAAACGUAGCUUUGUUUCCAGACUCUAAACCCGGAUCUCGAGUGCCCUCUCUCCCUCAGUGACCCCUGCUCCAGUACGGCCCCGUGGGCCACACAUAGCAGGGGACAGGCUGGCUGAGGCGCCCACGCACAGUUGCACGUAGCUCCUGGCUGGAUUCAGCACUGCGGGACCCUCAGGCGUCUCGUUUCGUUCUCCAAGCCUGUCUGCUCUGGGGUCCUCCCCACGGGGCAUUCUCCACCAUCUUCAAGAGCUUCCUGAACCCCAGGCUUCUGUACCCACCCUCUUGGCGCCCCACGCCCCUUCCCCAUGCCCCUGGCCCUCCAUGGACGCCCCACGCGCUCCCCUCUCCACCAAGCGUGGCCCCGCGGACGGCAGGUCCAGCCAAGCUGUGGGCGGCCUCUUGAGCCUGGCCUCCGCGCAGGAGUGUUCUUGGAGGCUCCUCCAAGUUGCGGAAUCUCAUCCUUUCUUGCCGAUGAGUGCAGUUCACGGCCUGCAUGCCCCAGAGCUGCUAGCCCUCACCAGGCCCCAGAGAUGGCGCUGCUGCGUGGACAAGCAUGUGUGCCCCUGUGCGUAGUGUUCAUGCCCUGGGCAUUGCCCACAGGUGCAGUUGCUGGACUGUGGGAAAGCCCCUUCACCUGGCGUCAAGGGUUCUCCCAACCCCCCCCCCCAGGGUGGCUGGUCACGCCCAAGCGCUGGGGAGCGGGGGUGGGCGUCGCCCUCCUUGGUCAUGGGCCCACAUGUCCCUCGGCAGGGUGUGCAGCUGGCCCAGCGCUGGCCUUUGGUGGCGGCCUUUGCGCUUGCUCUCAGGUCCUGUGGGCUUUGCUUUGAUUUCUUGGGGUUUUCUUCGGAGACAGCCACGUCGCAAGCAAAUAAGCGGCAUCUCUUCGAGCCCGUGCACUUGCCGCAGCACCCAGAACUGCCUCUGGGUGGCGGAGGCGCCCACCUGACCGUCCACGGGCGCCUCCCUGCUGCUGCGUGGGGGCUCGUGGGGCGUUGAGCUUUCCCUGUGGCGUCUUUGCUCUUCGGCUCUUCUUUUCCACUUGAUCCUGUGAGUGGUGUUGAUUUUUGUCACAUUCUGAGCCGGCCUCACUCCCGGUGGGUCCUGCUGGCAGGCGGGUGGUCCCUGCCCCACCCCCUUGGACUAAUGCGAAAAAACACAUUAUUGAGCAAGUGGAUACAGUCAAGACCCCACCAGAGGGUCUUUCCAGCCCAGGUGCAGUUAACAUCCCAAAGCAGGGUAAUUACAAGCUUGCUCACUUACAGGUCUUUCCUUGGGAGAUUUGGGGCCUCGUCCUGGCCCGCUUGUCUAGACAGUUACUUCCAAAGAGUCAGAUGAAGUCCAGGAGGCCUGUCUCUUCAGGGUACCCUCAGAUGGCUGCAUCCCCUUCCGUGGGGAGCAGCUUUGCUCCCCACCAAGGUUUUGCCUAUUGUAAACAAUGUCUCCAACAUCUCUCCCUCUUGCUUUUUAUUUUUUAAAUUUUUUUUUAAAGAUUUAUUUAUGCAUACAAGAAAUGGGGUACAGGCCAGAGGUGUGGAGGGUGAGAGGACUCACCAGAGACAGCGGGGAACAGAACAGGCAGACUGACUGAAAUGCACUGCUGAAAGGAGCAGUGGGCGAGUCAGGAGAGGUCUGCUGCGCCAUGUGGGUGGCUCCCUGGCCAGGGAACGAACUUGUGCUGCAGAGGCUGCAGUUAGCUUUAUAGGUUGCGUCUUAACCCCUUGCUCCACCAGGGAGGCCUAACGAUUUCUUGCCGUAGGCAGCAUAGGGCUUUUAGACUGACAAGAAAAAAGUAGCAGAAACAUUAAGCUUAUACCAAACAAAAUCCAAACUCCAACGUUGAGGCCUGACAACCAGUUUUGUUGGAUUUAGCCAAUAGGCGAUACUGUUUAAAUGUUCCGUUGUGGCAUUUCGUGCUUCUUGUCGUAAUUGUGCCACUUGUUGCUCUAGUUUGUCUCUACGGUCGCUGACAUGGACCCGGGUUACUGAGGAGCGCACUGAGAAGUUGUCUUUGCACCUCUGCCCAGGAGGGCUGUACGGGAGGAACAGAGUUACAGAGUGCCGCGCCUGUGCUGUCCACAGGGCCUGCCUGGCGAUGUCCAGCAAGGCAGUAGGUUACAGGGCAACCCCGAUAUGAAACGGGUUGCCUGACUCGGGUCUUCACCACGCGCUUAAAAGGGACUUACUAAUGCUCAAGUGCAGGCACACGCAAAAGGUUAAUAAAAGGCUUAUUUACAAAAGAAGGGGAAAUGAGGAAAUGAAUAACAGGGAGAAAGAGGGAGAUAAAUUGGGGACUGCGUCCUACCUGCUCCGCCGACCUGGAAUCCAGUGGCCCGCGAGCUGGCGAAGAGCCGAGAGUCGUGAGGCCAAGAGAGAGCCGCCCCCGCCACAUGGCUGGUUUUAUACCCAACCUGGCAGCUUAACCCCACGCUCAGGUCCCAGCUCCCUCCCUCUGGUGGUGAUGGGAUUUGUAGUUCCCAGCGUCUUGGCGGCUUUGGUCUGGAGUGGGGGUGGCAGCCACAAACCUGUAUGGAGUUUGCUCAGGACAGCUUUUCCCCCUAACGAUUCCCGCCCUUCACUUUUUGCCACCUGUAGUGGGUGGAUGGGACCGAGCUGCUUGCUUUAUGAUUCGAGCAAACGGGUAAAGGAGAGUCCUGGAGCCCUCGGCAUUUCAGGUUGUUACUGAGCUUUUACACGUGCAGCAACCAGGCACACGGC